AUACAGCCCUCCUUCUCCCAGAGACAGCCCUCCUUCUCCCAGAGAUAGCCCUCCUUCUCCCAGAGACAGCCCUCCUUCUCCCAGAGACAGCCCUCCUUCUCCCAGAGACAGCCCUCCUUCUCCCAGAGACAGCCCUCCUUCUCCCAGAGAUAGCCCUCCUUCUCCCAGAGAUAGCCCUCCUUCUCCCAGAGACAGCCCUCCUUCUCCCAGAGAUAGCCCUCCUUCUCCCAGAGAUAGCCCUCCUUCUCCCAGAGAUAGCCCUCCUUCUCCCAGAGAUAGCCCUCCUUCUCCCAGAGAUAGCCCUCCUUCUCCCAGAGAUAGCCCUCCUUCUCUUAGAUACAGCCCUCCUUCUCCCAGAGAUAGCCCUCCUUCUCUUAGAGACAGCCCUCCUUCACCCAGAGAUAGCCCUCCUUCUCCCAGAGAUAGCCCUCCUUCUCCCAGAGAUAGCCCUCCUUCUCCCAGAGAUAGCCCUCCUUCUCCCAGAGAUAGCCCUCCUUCUCCCAGAGAUAGCCCUCCUUCUCCCAGAGAUAGCCCUCCUUCUCCCAGAGAUAGCCCUCGUUUUUGCAAUGUAAUGCCCUAUUGUGGCCCAGUCUAG